AUGGAUAAAAACAUUCUUGAUGCUGCUAGUGGUGGAGCACUUGUCGAUAAAACUCCAGUUGCUGCUAAAGCCCUGAUUGAGAACAUGUCACUCAACUCCCAACAAUUCACAACCAGAAAUAAUUAUAUGGUCCAAACAAAAGGUGUGAAUGACAUUCAUGUUUCCUCUUCCAACAAGGCUUUAGAAACCAGAAUUGAAGAGCUUACUUCUUUAGUGAAACAAAUGGCAGUGGGUAAACCUCAAACAACAAAGUUGUGUGGUAUUUGUACUUCUAUUGAACAUCCAACUGACACAUGUCCUAUUUUUCAAGAUGAUUCGCAAGCCCAAGGAUCAAACCAACUUCUUGCUCAAACAGUUGUGAAUCCAAAAGGCCCUAAUGCUAAUGUGAGUGCAAUUUCCUUGAGAUCCGAGAAGAUAACAGAACCAGCCCCAGAAAAAAAUAAAAAAAUUCUUGAGGUAACACCUGAACCUUCUUCCGUUGUGAUAGAAACUGAACCCUCUCUUGUGGUAGAAACUGAAAAAGAAAAAGAGAAGGAGUAUGUGCCACCAGUUCCAUUCCCACAUAGAAUACUGAAAAAUAAAAGGACUGGUGAUGGAGACAAGGAGAGAGAGAUUUUAGAUGUGUUCAUAAAAGUGGCAGUAAACAUUCCGCUUCUUGAUGUUAUUAAGCAGGUUCCAAAGUAUGCAAAAUUUCUAAAAGACUUGUGCACAAGUAAGAAAAGGUUGAAGGGCAAUGAGAGAGUAAAUUUGGGACGAAACAUUUCAGCCCUUAUCCAGCCUAAACAUUCACCUGAAAAAGCUAUUGUUUCAUCCCUCAAUCAGACCAUACCCCAAAAGAGCAAGGAUCCAGGAACUUUUUAUAUUCCAUGUACCAUUGGGGAUAGUAAAUUCGAAAAUUGCAUGCUUGAUUUGGGAGCAGGCAUUAAUAUUAUGCCUACUUCUGUUUAUAAUAACCUUGACCUUGGUCCUUUACAUCAUACAUGUUUAAUCAUUCAACUAGCGAACAGAAGUAAUGCUCGCCCUAUUGGAGUAGUGGAAGAUGUGCUUGUUCAAGUUAAUGACUUGAUUUUUCCUGUAGAUUUCUACAUUCUGGACAUACCCUCAAAAGAUUCUGAUAUAGACAAAUUUGUUGGAAACACACAAAUCUCGAAUAGAAUUGGAGCUAGCAUUGAAGAUAAUUUUGAAUAUUAUUGUCUCAAAAAGAGCCAUCUACAAAUCUCUUAA